CAAACUUUGAGUCGAUCCCGAACUACACACACCACAUUCCAUACAACUUUAUCACGCAUCUUCCUCCCGACUAGCAAGACAUCGCAACUCAACAAUUCAUCACGCGUAUCGAGAGACUGCGCCAAGUGGGGACGACAUGUUGCCGCUGGAACCACCAGAACCCGAGCCCUUGAGCUUAAGCGACAUGCUACAUAUGGACUCGGACGAAGAUGAUUCAGGAGAGGAUGAGAUUGAUGAUGGAAUUAUUGAGGAACUAAGUGAACCUCAGAGGAGAUUCAGGCGACCAACGUAUGGCCACAACAAGUCAAAUGGGCAAAAUGGUGCCCUGCGGUCAAAUACCCAGCAAGGAUCAUCCACUAAAGUUGACCCCGCCAUUGUCGAGUACCAAAUAGCACAACUUCUCAACCAAAAGGACCAUGCUGGCGCAGCUGCAUUUGCCGUUGUCGUAGCUGCUGCAGCAGACGCAUUGAAGACACAGGGAUCGUCCGACACCCCGGCAGAGAGCAUAGUCCAACUUGCAGCUUUGCUACAGGCGGCAGCUCAGCAGCAGCAACAACCCCAGUCUCAGUCUCAGCCAGAAUCUGUGGAACGUAUAUCAGCCCCUCCAACCGAGGCAGCGUCGCGCCCAGGUGCAAGCAAUGGAUAUGCGUUGAGUUCUUCGGUCAACGUAUCCCCCCAACC